CAGAGGGCCAGGAGAAGGAGAAAAGAGGCUUGGAAACGAAGUGGCAGCAGCCCUAGAAUUAGUCGAAGAUGUCGGGUCAGACGCUGACAGAUCGCAUCGCAGCUGCUCAGUACAGUGUUACAGGAUCAGCUGUAGCUAGAGCCGUCUGCAAAGCAACCACACAUGAAGUGAUGGGCCCCAAGAAAAAACACCUGGACUAUCUGAUCCAGGCUACGAAUGAGACAAAUGUCAAUAUUCCCCAAAUGGCUGAUACACUCUUUGAGCGGGCAACAAACAGUAGUUGGGUGGUUGUGUUCAAAGCCUUAGUUACAACACAUCAUUUAAUGGUUCAUGGCAAUGAGAGGUUUAUUCAGUAUUUGGCAUCUAGAAACACACUAUUCAAUCUCAGCAAUUUUUUGGACAAAAGUGGAUCACAUGGAUAUGACAUGUCCACCUUUAUCAGGCGCUAUAGUAGAUACUUGAAUGAAAAAGCAUUUUCUUACAGACAAAUGGCAUUUGAUUUUGCAAGAGUGAAGAAAGGAGCUGAUGGUGUAAUGAGGACAAUGGUCCCAGAAAAAUUACUGAAGAGUAUGCCAAUAUUACAGGGACAAAUAGAUGCACUUCUUGAAUUUGAUGUUCAUCCAAAUGAACUGACAAAUGGAGUCAUAAAUGCUGCAUUUAUGCUUCUUUUCAAAGAUCUCAUCAAGCUUUUUGCUUGUUACAAUGAUGGAGUUAUUAACUUAUUAGAGAAGUUUUUUGAAAUGAAGAAAGGGCAGUGCAAAGAUGCUCUUGAAAUUUACAAACGGUUUCUGACAAGAAUGACAAGAGUAUCAGAAUUUCUUAAAGUUGCAGAGCAAGUUGGAAUUGACAAAGGUGACAUUCCUGAUCUCACACAAGUAUUGCUGACCAGAGUUCUCUGUGAUCUGAAAAACAGUGAUGAUAAUGAAAAGUCUCCUUUUAAAGAAUACACAGUUGAUGAACCGGCUCCCAGUAGUCUUAUGGAGACGCUUGAACAGCAUCUAAACAGUUUGGAAGGAAAGAAACCUGGAAACAGUGAGGGCUCUGGUGCACCUUCACCCUUGGGCAAGUCUUCUCCAGCCACAACUGUUACAUCUCCUAAUUCCACCCCGGCAAAAAGUAUUGAUACAUCUCCUCCAGUUGAUCUCUUUGCAACAUCUUCUACAGCAGCUCCAGUCAGUGCUUCCAAACCCUCCAGUGAUCUUCUAGAUCUUCAGCCCGACUUCACAUCUACUACUGCACAAGCCACUUCAGCAGCUCCUGCCGGGGCAACUUCAUGGGGAGACAGCCUGGCUGCACUUUCCGGUGUUACCUCUGAGCCACAGAUUUCAGAUCCCUUUGCUCCAGAACCCACACCAGCUCCUACUGCAGAAUCUACUGAACUAGCAACUACUUCUGCUACGACUGCAACUGUUACUGCUACUCCUGCUGCUGAAGUGGAUCUCUUUGGAGAUGCCUUUGCAGCUUCUCCUAGUGAAGCCCCUGCAGCACCUGAAGGGGCAGCAGCACCAGCUACCCCAACCCCUGUAGCCGCAGCUCUUGAUGCAUGUUCAGGAAAUGACCCCUUUGCCCCAUCAGAAGGCAGUGCAGAGGCUGCACCAGAGCUGGACCUCUUUGCUAUGAAGCCAACCGAGACCAGCGUUCCUGUAGUUACCCCUACAACUAGUGCAGCCACUCCAGUUCCCGCAACUACUCCUACUCCAGCUGCUGUCGUGGCCCCUCCAGUCCCUGCUACAACUGUUACUACCACUGCCACUACCACUGCUACCACAUCUGCUACUACCACUACUGCCACCACCUCUGCUCCUCCUCCUGCUCUAGAUAUCUUUGGUGAUUUGUUUGAUACCGCACCUGCUGAUGUCCCUGCAGCACCUAAGCCAGAUGUUGCUCCUAGUAUAGACCUGUUUGGUACAGAUGCUUUUUCUUCUCCACCAGCUGGAGCUUCUCCUGUACCUGAGACUUCUCUUACUGGUGAUCUCUUAUCUGUGGAUGCAUUUGCAGCGCCUCCGUCCCUGCCCACUGCCUCCCCAGCUAAGGUGGACUCCGCAGGUGUGAUUGACCUGUUUGGUGAUGCUUUUGGAAGUAGCGUACCUGAACCCCAACCUGCAACCCAAGCUGCUUCUAGCUCCUCCGCUUCUGCUGACCUUUUGGCUGGCUUUGGAGGUUCUUUUAUUGCACCGUCUCCAUCACCUUCCCCUGUUACGCCAGCUCAGGCUAAUAUACUACAGCCCAACUUCGAAGCAGCCUUUGGAGCCUCUCCCUCCCCUUCCCCUGCUGGCAGUUCCUUUGAUCCCUCAGUGUUUGAUGGCUUAGGUGACCUUCUUAUGCCAACUAUGAUGCCAUCUGGUCAACCUCUACCUGCUUCAGCUGCAGCCCCUAGUUCUUCAGCUGCAACCAAAGGCAUUGGAAGUGAUCUCGAUUCCUCUCUCGCAAACUUAGUAGGAAAUCUUGGAAUUUCUGGUACCACAUCAAAGAAGGGAGACCUUCAGUGGAAUGCAGGAGAGAAGAAGUUAACAGGAGGAGCCAACUGGCAACCAAAAGUAGCACCUGCAACAUGGUCAACUGGCGUUCCUCCAAGUGGCCCAUUGACAGGAUCCGUGCCUCCAGCAGGUGCCGUUCCGCCUACAUCAGGUGCUGCUCCUGCACAGCCUGGAUCAGGAUUUGGAAUGCAGCCUCCAGGAGCUGGUGUCCCAAUGAUGCCACAGCAACCUGUCAUGUAUGGACAGCCUAUGAUGAGACCACCAUUUGGAGCAGCUGCAGGACCUGGUGCACAACUUUCUCCAAGUCCUACACCAGCCACUCAGAGUCCCAAGAAACCUCCAACAAAGGACCCAUUAGCAGAUCUUAACAUCAAAGAUUUCUUAUGAACUAUUUAAGUUUUCUGACAGGAUAACCGAAGAUGCAAGUUUGGAAUCUACAAACAAGAAUUUUGCCGCUCAGAGUUUCCAAGUGAGCCACGAUGACCAAACCCAGUGAUUACUCAGACUUCUCUCCUAAUUCCAAAACGUGUAGCACAGCUGUGAAAGUGAACCUUAGGAAUGUGUACUCUCUUAGUUGUUAUCCCUCUCUCUCUCUCUCUCUCUCUCGCUCUCUCUCUCUCAGUUUGUGUACUUGCAUUAUUAUUUAUGUGUUUUACAACUUAAACAUUGGAUGUAUGUUUCUGAUGCCUUCUUAGUGCUUUUCUGAACCUAUCCAAUAGGGACAGAUUACGCAGCUGUUGUGUGGUGAGCCAUUUGGAGCGAUGUGUCUGUGUUUCUGGAGGUCUCGAUGUAAAUAACUUUGGCAAACCUUCUAAAAGUUUCCCUCUCAAAUCCAGUUUCUCAUGUAUAUCUGUUAUACCAAACGAUCAUGUGAUGAUAUUGGUUAGUAACAAAAGCACUCUGAAUCCUACAAACGCUCUUCAUGUGGAAUACAUUUUUCUCCCAAUGCAGGAUUCUCAAUUUGUUGUGGGAUGUUUUAUUUUUGUGGCACUGUACAUGUUACAUUAAAUUAUAAUUUAAAGUAAUAUAAAGCAAAACUCCCUUUUAACAUGUCUUCUAUCAAGUUGCUUUGUGAACAAUUAUACCCUUCUUGGGGGAAAAAAACCUUAACAUGUUUCUUUUAAAAAUAUUUGUGGAUCUUUUAUUUUCAUUUUAAGAACAGCUUAUUUAUCGGCUCUUGCUUUAAAUGCACUGAAGAUAAGUAAAGGGUGUGUUUAUUUCCAUGUAGCUGGGAAAAAACAGCUGUAGAAAGGCAGACAUGGUGAGAAUUGUCAGACUGACCAGGCGUGUUGAUUAUCAAGGCUAAUCAGUGUGACUGGCAAAUCAUGGAAAACCUAUUUGUAUUUUUUAUCCAGCCUUUACCUAAAUCUGUUAGUUUGGUGCUUCUAUGUAUAUGCCUUAGACUAGUGUUCUUCCAUCCCCAUACAGCACUGUAUUUUCCAUCUGUGAUUAGAAGCCACACUAAACUGGAGAACUGCACCCUUUACUGUAAGCAACAAACAUGUUCUUUGAACAUUUUAGUUCCUUCCCUCAUACUGUUUGUGCUGAUGGCUUGGCUUAAGAUUUUGAUUCCUUAAUAAGGUCACUGUUGAUCAGUGUUACAAGUGGCUUGGCAGCUCUUUGUAAAAGCAUAUUAGGUUGGAAAGAUGUUCACCUGAGUCUUUCAAAUUAACUAUUUAAUCAAUAUAUGGUACCAUUUUUAAAAAGUGGCUGUAUCUGAAUUUGUUGUGGGGAUAACAUACACUGUAAUGACAGAGAGUUAGAGAGAGAAUUUCAAAGUGGGUUUUCUUUGUAUUUUGGUUUGAGAAAAACCCAGUGCAUGUAUACCCUCUGAGAUGCAAUAAAACACCUUGAUCAAAGUAAG